UGGACUCUGAUGUCAUGACGCUUCCUGUGUGCAUGACAACAGCAGCGCCUCCACUGCCAGCAGUCUGUUGACUCGAUCAAUGUAACGCAUGCUGCCCUUUUCUUUCCCUUUUUUAUCCAAGUUUUAUGAAGCGGCAGUUAACCAGCCAUGGUUCCGAAGAAGCCGCACGCAUUGUUGCUGUGGAUGCUGGUCUGCUCCGGCGGCUCGACGGAGGCGAUCGAGCCCAUCAGCACCAGCAUCGCGGUGGGCAUGGCCGCGGCUCUCACCGGGUUUUUAGCUACCUACCCGAACAUUUUCUACUACUUCAACGAGUGCUGUCGACCCGAGUGGAUUUCUUUAAACAAGACAGGUCUCAAGGUUGACCUGGACAGGAAACUAUACGGACAGCACAUAGCGUCACGCAUUAUCCUCAAAGCUGUGAGUGGAUUCAUGAGCAACGACAACCCAAAGAAGCCCUUGGUGCUCUCACUGCACGGAUGGACCGGCACAGGGAAGAACUUUGUGAGUCAGCUGAUUGCUGACAAUGUUUACAAAGAGGGAAUGGACAGCAGCUUUGUUCAUAUCUUCACGUCUGAACUCCACUUCCCACAUGCGAGUCAACUUGAAACCUACAAGUCUCAGCUGCAGCAGUGGAUCAAAGGAAAUGUCACCAACUGUGCACACUCCAUGUUCAUCUUCGAUGAGAUGGACAAGAUGCAUCCCGGCUUGAUUGACAGCAUAAAGCCGUAUCUGGACUACUACGACAAGCUGGAUGGAGUUUCUUAUCGGAAAGCCAUCUUCAUCUUCCUCAGUAAUGCUGGAGGGGAGAGCAUCACGCAGACGGCUUUAGACUUCUGGAAAGCAGGACGAGAUCGAGAAGAGAUCGAGCUGAAAGAUCUGGAAACAUUGCUCUCUCUAGCGGUUUUCAACAACAAGAAAAGUGGCCUGUGGCAUACAAGUUUGAUUGACAAGAACCUGGUGGACUUUUUCGUCCCGUUCCUUCCUCUGGAGUACCGACACGUGUUGCAGUGUGCCAUGGCCGAGAUGAUAGCCAGAGGACAUCAGCCGGACCCGAGCGUGGCCGACCAGGUGGCCCGAGACGUGGUCUACUUCCCCAAAACAGAGAGAGUGUUCGCUGUAAAAGGCUGCAAGACGAUAGAAAGCAAGCUGGACUACUACAUAUGAUGUCAGCAACUCUUAGACGCUGUGCUCGAUCACUAUGUGCACUUUUUAAAAAGACAAAACUCUCAGCCAAAGGACUACAGAGAGGGAGUCAGGCUGAUGGAGGAGGAUUCUCUGUCUGGCCUUGUGGUCAUGUUGAGGAUUUCAGCAGGCCUUCUCAAAUGUUCCACACUGAAUUCUGAGGCUGACGAAGGACAACAGCACCAGAAUAAUAACACUGGAAAGCUCUCCUUUGUAAAUGAUUUAAGGAGCUUGAUCUCCUCUUCAUGUCUCACCACAGAGACCUAAAGGUGCUGUCGUUUUCCUGAGAGCUUCUUAAGGACUACGGGGUCCUUCCGUCCGUGGCUUUUUUUAUGUGUACUGGAAAAACCUGCCUUAAUUCUUUUCAAUUUCACAAUUUAUUUUUAUGUUCGAUCAGUUAUUUUACCCAUGUCCACUGUACUAGUUUGUCAACAAUCCCAUCUGGCCUUGGUCACUAUUCUAAAAAGAAACGCAUAAUGCACAAGACUGUUUAUAUUUAUCAUAUUAAAUCGAACAUGAUUUCUGUAAUGUGCAGCCCCUUUUAAUAUCUAAUUUAGUUCAUGUGAUUCGUAUGAGUAAUACGCACUGUUUAUUACCAGAUUGACUCCAUGCAUUUGGACACUGUGUAUGAACUCGGGAGGAUAGGACACACAGUUUUACCAACAUUGGAUUUUUUUUAACUCUUAAAAUUGGAUACAGUUUAGAUUCCACAUUUCAAAUGAUAUUGUAUAUCAAAGUUGAUUGAGCUGAAUUUUAAAUCAAAAGUAAUUAAAAAGAGGUUUCUUACCAACCCCAAUUCUCUAUUAUAAUGUAUAGUUAUGAAAUCGGAGCAAGUCAUACAUUGUUGUGGAAGAAAAUGUUCAAGUUGGUUUCUCAAAAUCUGACUAUUUAAAAAAAAAAAAAAAAAGAUGACAUUUUGUCUAUAAUUGCUCACAAUGACAUGCAGGUGAAGGAUCUUUUUAUGGACUGUGAAAAGAACAUUGUUUGUUUUAGUGGAUGGAAAGCCGACACUUGCUGAGUUUCUCUGCUGUAAACACACCGGACAAACAAAUCACAAAUAAAACAUGAACUUUU